AUGCUACAUGAUUGGAAGUUGGUUUCAGAUCGUAAUGUGGAUAUUUUGAAAAAGUCUUUUGUUUCGAUUUCUAAGGCUUUUGCGCGUUAUGGAAACAGAUCCAUCUAUAUAAGAGAUACAAUUCUCUUAUCUUCUGCUACUGCUUCUUCACUUGCUCUAGUGGCCAAAGGGCAUAAAAUGCAGAAACUUGCCUUGGAACAUGAAUACGUGACUAAUAUGAAAUUGCUUUAUGAUCAAGAUUUUGAUAGAUUUAAGGCAUAUGCAAUGCAAGAUUCACUUAUAACCUUGAUCCAUGCACUUUUCAUGAGUGAUUUUAUGUUUUCUUUAGGUGACACUAAAUUGCCUAUUACGCUUGGUGCUGUAUGUUCAAAAUACUUGAAAAAUAAAUGAUAUUUAGAUGGGUAUAAUGGACAUCAGCCGAAUGGCGAAUUCCUACUUGGACAUGCUCAGUCCAGUCAUACUCCUAAAGGAAUUAACUCAAUCGGUUUCGCCGCGGAAAAUGAAAACUUGUAUAUUGCAAGCUUUAGAGGUGGUCGUAAUGAAUGCUUUUUAUACGGUAUCGAUAGAGAUACUAAAUGGUUUGAUUAUGACCUUGCAUCUUGUUAUGCAACGAUUAUGUCGGGUAACGGAGACCCCGUUUAUGAAGAAUCUAUGGACGACGAACGUAUUGAAGAUAUGGAAAUCCCAUUAAGUAUGUUAGGUCAUCCUGAUUAUAAUAAAGCCCGCGUAAUUCACCCUUAUUCUGACCUUAGUCUCUAUGAUUGAAAACAAUCAUAUUCGGCUCUUAAGGUCAGAUUCAAAUUCCCUGAUACUGUGAAGUUUCCGCCUCUACCUGUAUAUUUAGACAAGACGAUAACUGUUUAUCCUUUAAGUGGUGUGUCGAUUGUAACUGGUGCUGAAUUCUUAAUUGCUAACAAGAUUCUUGAAAGCGCAUUAUUGAAAAUAGCAUCAUAUAACAAUGAAACGAUAGACUCCCUAAGGGAAAUUUAUUUCGUUGAGGUUAUUACAGGUAGCUACAUUCCUUUCAGACGAGAUGGUGAUGAGCUUUCAUACCAACCAUACCUUUCUACAAUCCGUGAAUUACAAAUUCAAAGAGCUCAAUAUAAAGCUUCUGAUGGGAAAGGUUCUGCUCGUGAACGUGUUUACAAAGAUUUGGGUAAUAUGAUAUACGGAAAAUCCGUGUGUGGUAUCUCAAACAAACGUAACUUCGAUUCGCGAACUGGUUUUAUGAAGUCCAUGAUUGGUGGUUCUUUAUCCAAUCCGAUUCUCGGAACUUGGAUAACAGGUCUAGUGCGAGCUCUGAUUGCAGAGUUAUUGCAUAUGAUUGACAUACUCGGCGGUAAAGUUUCUGCUUGUACAACUGAUGGUUUCACUUGUGAUAUUCCCGAACUGGAGGAAAAGAUCCUUGAAUACUAUGAAGAAAAUGGUAUCGAUGAUUCAUUCCUACUAGAUUAUAGAAGAUCCAGAAAUAUGCUGACUAAUGGAAAAGAUCCUAACGCUCUUGAAAUAAAGACUAAAACUUUAGGAUUAAUACAAUGGUCUACAAGAGGUCAGCUUUCAGUUAAUCAUUCUGAUCCUUCUUUGGAAAAUGACGAAAUUCCUAUAUCAGCUAUGACAGGUUUCCAGAAAUACCACUUUCCUCACGAGAAGAUCGUGGAUAGAGUUACUAAAGCUAUGGCUACAAAUAACAAAAUCUACUUCUUACAGAAAAGGUUAAGUGGUGCCAGAGACUUGGAACAAGUCUCCUUUAUGUCUUCAUUACGAAGAUUCAGAACUGUCUUUGAUUCUAAACGACAGAUCGUAGAGUCUGAUGGAAUGAUGCUCCAGACAAAACCUUGGGAGACGAAAGAAUCCGCAUUGUUAACAAGGUCCCUGAUGCGUCACUACAAUAGCCCUGUUUAUUCUGACAAAUUGUCAAAAAUGGUGGUCUAUGCUACAUCAUACUCUUCGAAAGAAGAAUUACUGAAGGUUUUCGUAAGACUGAUGUUGGAGUACUUAAAAUGGAAUCCUAGUCUAGAUGAAAAGUCUAAAUUAGCAGAUUUCAUGAUAGUACAUGGUACAGGAACCCGUUUUGCUUCUUCAAUGUAUGCUUGUCAUUACAUUGAUUCCUCGAUCCUUAAUCCUGGUGAAAUCAUGAGACCUAAUGAACAUCUCUUUUCACAUACAAUCGAAUCUAGAAAACUAGCAGAAAAAGUAAUCGGCAGAUUACCUGAAGUUUUCGAAAAAUUCCAUGGAAGAUUGCAAAAGGAUUUAAUUUGCUAG